AUGCACACCGGUUUCCCGCAAGACACUAGGGCAUCCUCCAGCGUUUGGAGCGCACCAGCUUACUUCGAAAAUGAAUAUGUCCCCCAAGGCUAUUCUAUUGUUCAUACCGCCCAACCUGGCUUUUACACCACAAUGACGCCCAACCCGUGCCCUAUGACUUCUGCUGACGCGUACCAGUAUCAAUACCAUCCGGUAAUGUUUCAUGCUAAGCAUUUAGUUCCAAUAGUUCAACAAAUUUUACCGCACCAAAAUAUGCUAUACCUACAACACGCAGCAAUCCUUGAAGAAACUUCGGAGCGCCACGAGGAAAUAUUUCAACGUCGAAUCAAGGAAAGGGACGAUGAACGUACUGCUGCCAAGAUACGGAACGCGAAAUCUUCACAAGAGGUAUCCGCACGCGCGAAGUCGUCUUCCAAACCGAAGGAUUCUGGCGGAAGAUCCGAUGGAUUUUCGUGGCAAGCGCAAGGCGCCAAACUUCCUGUCCGAUGGAGUAGUGGUAACCAUCCAGUAUUAACUUCCUCAAAUUCGGCUCUGGUACAUGAGGAGCGUAGGAGAUUACUAGGCAAUCAGGGAUUGACUACGCCGACGAUGGAGUUCCAACAAGAAGAAAAGGGAAAUCAAGCCGAGAGCCAGUCAAAAAGUCUGAUGACAAGUGAUACGCGAGAAAAUUUUGAUCCAAGUUCGACCACAGUAGCGGAGGACUCUACCAAACAGCUUGGACAGAAAGAUAAUUCCAAGGAGCUUUCCACGCCUCUCAAUGAAAAGACCAAGGUCAGCAGUCCGGGCUUUCCUUCGAAUGAGAUCGAAGGCUUGGCACAUGACCCGGCUGGGUUGAGAACUUCCGAAAAUAUUUCCACGUUUGGGAAAGUUGAAGAUUCGGAAAAUCAGAAGCUUUCCGGAUCCAAUAUUAAGAAUACCCAUUCGCCAGUCUCUGGAAAAACUGUUGUCCCUGUGAGCGAGGCCGCUACGUCUUUGACGAAGUCUCAAACAGAAAAUAAGCAAGAACUUACUCCCCAAAAGAUUGAUGUUGCCUCACACAAUCAGGAUAAAGCUUUUCCCCCUGUUGAUACAAUCUCGGAUCAAACUACCAAAUUGCAAAGUCUGCCACAUGAAUCAGGAAAUAUUCAUACAAUGUCGGCGCCAAAUAAAUUAAUCGAUGAUUUGGAAUUCCCAAAGCUUGAUACCCUUGAACAAACCAAAUCUAGCCUCUCAGAGAAUCAAAAGACUAUUGUUGCUCGUGAAAUUACUUACAAAAAUGUGCUCUUAAAAGAGGAAGACGCGCCGAUAUCUAAGGCGAAAAACCUCGCCAAAGUUGCAAAACAGAAGAAAAAGCUUGUUGCCGAGUCGCAAGGGCCUCAUCGCAAUAAUCAAACUCCGAAUUCUGACUUGGUUAAACCGAAUGCUCGGGCCAGCGCAAACGGUUUUACAGCAGGCAAACAGCUUCAGAAUCAUAUUACGAAAAGUGCCCAAAAUCCUCGCAAUAAUCAAGAAAAAUCCUCCUCAUCACCGAAGUCACCAGUAAUCUUUCGUUCCAUUGAUGCAACCAAUCCUAGUGACCAAGUUGCGAAUUCAAAGACCGUCGAAAAAGAUCCCAACAUCUCUUCUAGUCUUGGUAGCCUUGAAGGUGGUGCAGAAUAUUCAUCCUGGAGGACACAUCGCAAGACUGCCAAGGCGAAGCUUGAUUCCAAAGAGAUCAAAAAUGCGAACUUGCAUGGAUUAACAAAGGGAUACUGGGAAGUCUGGGAUAAUCAAGCUCGUGCUGAUUCAGUAUCUUCAGAUGGAGAAAAGCUAAUGGGUUCGAAUGAAAUAUCCAACCCGCAAAAUCCUCCUGUCCUUCCUUUACCUGAAAUAAAAGAAAACAAAGAUGAAGAAACUGAUGGCGCCGACCUCAGACCUGAUCAAAAAAACAGUGGUGAUGAAACAGUCAAGAAUGCUGGUUCAUCACAAGUAGAAGUGUUGGAUGAAUCAGGAAAAUCAGCUGGUAUGAAAGCAUCUCAGCAAAAGAAGAAGAAGAAGAAGAAGUCCAAGGGAGCCAAGCCAAAAUUGGAUGAUGAUUGGAAUUAUUUGCAAUCACUGGAACAAGAGAAAAACACUGAAACACCACCUGAAAGUGAGCUGGGAGGCGCUGACUUGAAGGAUGAGAAGGAGGGUCAAGGUACAGGAAUAUCUGUGGGCGAGGAAAUAAAGGAGGGUUUUCAACUUCCAGGGCCCACUGAAAAACUGAGAAAUGCUUACGUCAAUGGACCUGUUUUUCAAGCAUUGAACGCGGCCUUAAUGCCUUACACCACUGAAAAAGAUCAAAUUUAUCCUGGCUUACCACGUCCAAAGAGCCAGCGCAAACCAACGACGGACGAUUUCCUUGAAAAACGACUUGAAACUUGGAAAACAGAUGUGAAUCCAUCUAGAAUGCCCGGUGCAGAUUAUGUGAAUUUAUGGAGAAAGCUGCACGUAGAUUUGGACUUGAUGGACAGCAUAUCACGAUACAUGAAAGUUUUUGACAAAACUUUGCAUUUAUCUCUGUCGGAUUUGGAUAUUCAUACCUACGAGGCGCUCAGAGAAAAGAAUUAA